CUUAGCGGAAAAGUUUUGCCUGCGCGAUAAAAAUCGUUACGAAAAAUUCCAAGUGUUGUCCACUUUAUUACCAUUAUCAAGUCACUUACUGACCUAGUGCCUUUACAGAGCUAACGCAUAUAAAAGUUCAACGGCUUUAUUAAGCGCACGUAUAGGAUUGCAACGAAUUCCAAAAUUUGUGUUUGGCACGUUCCCAGUGUAGUGUGUGAACGACCCAGAAUCGUGUCGAUAAGGCAGCCCCCGAGUGCUAUAAAACCGAUAUUAAUUAGAGCAACAACAACAAGUGAUCAUGAAUGACCGUGAAAUGAGCUGCAAUGCGGGAGGACAGUUUAUGGAUCGCGGCAGAAUGAAUCAAAAUGGAGUCGUCCAACCGCUGCUGACGGAUUUGUAUCAGAUAACCAUGGCGUAUGCAUACUGGAAGUCGGGCAAAAUAGACGACCAAGCGGUAUUUGAUUUAUUCUUUCGCAAUAAUCCAUUCCAUGGCGAAUUUACCAUAUUUGCGGGACUGGAGGAAUGCUUAAAAUUCUUAGACAGUUUCCACUAUUCGCAGAGCGAUAUAGAAUAUUUGCGACAAACUUUGCCUGAGGGCAUAGAGAAUGAGUUCUUUGAAUAUUUGGGUAAUUUAACAGCACAUGAUGUUACACUCUAUGCCAUAGAUGAAGGCACAGUAGCGUUUCCACGUGUACCCAUUAUUAAGCUUGAAGGCCCUUUGAUCAUAGUGCAGCUGCUAGAGACUACAUUGCUUACCCUAGUCAACUAUGCGAGCUUAAUGGCAACAAAUGCAGCGCGAUAUCGCAUGGUAGCUGGCAAACAUGUCAAACUAUUGGAAUUUGGAUUGCGUCGCGCCCAAGGACCAGAUGGUGGCCUAUCCGCAUCAAAGUAUUCCUACACAGGUGGCUUCGAUGGCACCUCCAAUGUGCUGGCCGGCAAGCUCUUCAACAUACCCGUUAGGGGCACGCAUGCGCAUGCCUAUAUCACCAGCUUUAGCAGCAUUGGCGAGCUCAAGACGCGUCUACUAAAGCACAAGCAGACAGGUGUAAUGGAGGAUUUGCUGGAGCAUGCUGUACGGCAUCGUCAGAUGCUCUCACAUGUGCUGGAUGUGUCCACGGAGGAGUCAAGCGAGGGUGAAUUGGCAGCUAUGGUGUCCUAUGCAAUUGCUUUUCCGGAUGGCUUCAUGGCGCUAGUCGACACGUACGAUGUUAAGAGCCGAGAUACAGAACAAGUUACACAAGUACUACCACAAACUGAUAGCAAACAAAAACUUAGCCAGCCAACAAUGCUUGAGCUUGGCCAGAGUUUGGCAACGCUAACGCCGCCCACAACGCCCACAUUGGCCAUGCUCAAUGGACACAAGCAAAGCAAUGGCCAACAAUUUGAGUCCAGUAAUGGUCACAAUCAUGUUGAACUCGCCACAGAGCCAACUACAACAACAACAACAACAAUCAGCUAUAGCAAUGGCAGCGCAUACCUACCAAAAUAUGUCGAGAAGUCAUUCAGGAGUGGACUGCUUAACUUUAGCGCUGUGGCCUUGGCGCUCAAUGAUCUGGGCUAUCAUGCUCUGGGCAUACGCAUAGAUUCCGGAGACUUGGCCUAUUUGUCUUGCCUGGCGCGUGAGGCUUUCGAGAAGGUUGCAGAGCGCUUCAAGGUGCCCUGGUUUAAUAAACUUACCAUCGUAGCUUCCAACGACAUUAACGAGGAGACUAUACUCAGCUUGAAUGAGCAGGGACACAAGAUUGAUUGCUUUGGCAUAGGCACGCAUCUAGUUACCUGUCAGCGGCAGCCUGCCUUGGGCUGUGUCUACAAGCUGGUGGAGAUCAAUGGACAGGCGCGCAUUAAGCUCAGUCAGGAUGUGGAGAAGGUUACCAUGCCGGGCAAUAAGAAUGCCUAUCGCUUGUAUAGUGCUGAUGGUCAUGCGCUUAUAGAUCUGUUGCAAAAGGAUUCAGAGCAUCCACCGGCUGUGGGUCAAAAGGUGUUGUGUCGUCAUCCGUUUCAGGAGUCCAAGCGCGCCUAUGUCAUUCCCUCGCAUGUCGAGUCGCUCUAUAAGAUUUAUUGGAAAUCAGGCAAAAUUUGUCAGCAUCUGCCAACGCUGGAGCAGGUGCGCGAGAAGGUGCAAAUCUCACUUAAAACGCUGCGUAAUGAUCACAAGCGCACACUUAAUCCAACGCCGUAUAAAGUGGCUGUCAGCGAUAACUUGUACAACUUUAUACAUGAUCUGUGGCUGCAGAAUGCGCCAAUUGGUGAACUCUCAUGAUCUAUAUAAAGAGGCAACAAAAGCCGCAGUUUAUAUAUUCCGCAUAUUAACAAAACGAAACAUGCAACUUGCAACACGCCCCCCAUCAAUCGCUAUCGUGGCGAUUUGUAGUCAUUUGCUGGUCAUAUGCAUAGUUAAUGGCGUCAACAAUACUAUGUUUAAUGUCAAUAUAAUCAAUUUAUGCAAAACAAUUGUAUAAGCACAAGGCUUUAUAUAGUUUAAUAUAUGUAAUAUGUAAUAUCUUAAAUGGUUACAACUUAUACUGUAACACACACUCACACACUUUCUUACACUAUACGCACACAUCAUAGUAGGUAUGUGUCAUGUGCCUUACACACAAAUUUGAAAACGUAUAUGAACUGUAAACCAAAUAAGUUUGAAGGAAGCGCGAGAAAGUUGUAUUUAAUAUAAAUAGUAAUUAAGUGUUGUAUGUUUUGGCUAAGAGUACAAAUGUAUGCUUAUUAGUACAGUACAGUGGGCGUGGCACACAUUUUUUAUGCACAUUUUGCACACCUACACACACAUAUACACACACACAAAUAUGCUUAACUCAAUUAACCAAAACUUUAAACAAAUGUAAAUAUGUUCUUAAUUACAAUAAGUUAGUAAACAGUACACUCACAGUACACACGCAUGCUUAUUAAAUGAGCAACAAUUUAUAUUUAAAUUAUACAACCAAUUGCUUUUGUUUUAGCUUAGUAAUUGUAUGAAAAAU